AUGUAUAAAUUCUACUAUACUCCAUUUCUCAGAAACGACAGCGAGGAGGCCGAGGGGGAAAAUCACGCGACGACGAUGAUCGCGGCUCAGCACAUCAUUCCUGAGGAGGAAUGGGAUCAGUUCAUGGAGACAUUGAGACGUCCCUUACCUACCACCUUCCGCAUCGCCGGAAGUCGAGAGUACGUGCCUUUCCGUUCUUCCAUACCAAACCCGAAUGACGGAGGCGUUAGGAUUGCUCAUGCUCUAAAUGAUGCAAUCAAGAAAACUUAUGUCCCGUUGUUGAGCGAUGUUGUUUUUGAGGGUGAUGUUAUACCGCCUCCAUCUCGGAUUCCUUGGUAUCCAGAAGACCUAGCCUGGCAAUUCAAUGUGUCCAAAAAAGUUCUGAGGAAGCAGCAAGCAUUCAAAAGUUUCACUCUUUCCUUGUACACGAGACUGAAGUCACAGGAGGCAGUCAGCAUGCUUCCACCACUGUUCCUCGAUGUCCAGCCACACCAUAAGGUAAG